AUGAUUUUCCAAAAAGUUUGUAAUAAAGCAAACAACAAAAUGAUUAAAACAUUACUAAUAGCAUUGGCACUAACAGCAGUAUUUGCUGGGAUUCCAAAUCCAGAGGAAACUAAAAGGCUAGUGGACCAUUUCUCUGACGCUGAACAUUAUAAGAAUGAGCAUCACAAUAAGCAGUUUGAUCAUGAUGCAUUCUUGGGUGAAGACCAGGCGAAGACAUUUGAUCAGCUACCCCCUGAAGAAAGCAAACGGAGAUUAGGAAUAAUUGUUGACAAGAUAGAUGCAGACAAAGACGGGUUUAUAUCAUUAGUGGAACUGAAGGAUUGGAUCCGCUACACUCAAAAGCGGUACAUUGAGGAGGAUGUGGAAAGACAUUGGAAACAGCAUAAUCCCAACAAUGAAGAUCUUAUCACUUGGGAGACAUACAAGAAGAAUGUAUACGGUUUCAUGGAAAGUAUGUCUGAGAGUGAACUGAAGAACACCGAAGGGUUCACAUAUUCGAACCUCCUCAAGAGAGAUCGCAGGAGAUGGCACUAUGCUGACAGUGAUAAAGACGACGCUCUAAAUAGAACAGAGUUUGGUGGUUUCCUCCAUCCCGAGGACUACGGCACCAUGAGGGAUGUAGUCGUUUUAGAGACUUUGGAAGAUAUUGAUAAGGAUAAGGAUGGCAAAGUGUCCCUGGACGAAUAUAUUGGUGAUAUGUACAAACCUGAUGAGGGAGAGACGGUGGAUGAUGAACCGGACUGGGUGAAACAAGAAAGAGAACAGUUCUCUGGAUACAGGGACACGAACAAGGACGGUUACAUGGACGAGCACGAGGUGCGCGAGUGGAUCGCGCCGCCGGAGUUCGACCACGCGGAAGCGGAAGCGCGCCAUCUUGUGUUCGAGGCGGACGCGGACGCAGACGAGCGCCUCUCCCGAGCUGAGGUGCUCGAUAAAUACGACCUGUUUGUUGGUUCCCAGGCCACUGACUUCGGUGAGGCUCUGGCCAGACACGACGAGUUC